UCCCUCUCUCUCUCUGGAGUUAGUUGGUUGGCUGCAGCAUCAGCAUCAGUCUCUCAGUCUCUCAGUCUCUCAGUCUCUCUCUCCCGGCUCUCCUGGCAGACGGAGGCAGCUGUCCUCCUCCUCCUCCUCCUCCUCCUCUUCCUCUCUCAGUCUCUCAGAGGUCUGUAAACGUGGAGGUGGUGAAUCUAAAGCUCGGUGAUGAUGGACACCGCUGUGGAGCGCUUCUCUCGCUUCUCUCGCUUCUCUCUCCGCCGGAGACGCACAAACUCAGCGGACAAAUAGCGUCAAGAAAAGAGGACAAAUGCCGGUUUUCAACGGUUGCUGCUGUUUAUCACAGUGACGCUUCCUAUUCUGUUUCUUCCUCUUCCUCUUCCUCCUCCUCUUCUUCUUCUUCACAAACAGAUGCCCAGCUCGGGAAGUUACGGACAAAAAAACACGGAUACAUCUCCAAGAGGCGCUCUCAGCUGAAGGUGUAAUCUCAUCACAUGACUUUACAAAGCAGAAAUAUGAAGUGACAGGAGGCUGAGGUGGACGGCUGAGAAGGGACUUUGCAUGCUGAAGCAUUUGCAGGAUUUCUUCCUCUCUGAGCCUGCUCUUCUCUGACCCCAAGAGACUCUUCAGCCCCUCCAACAAGGAAACCUCCUCCCACUCAGAUCGAGGCUUCUGAGAAAUGAGCUGCCAAUGAAUCACCUUCAAGGUCAUCAAUCCUCUCUUCUUGGCCUGGGGGUCUUCUAGAAGGUCGGACCUCCUCGCCGCCAUGAAAGGGUUGGGGACCAACCGUAACAGACACCUGUCUGACUCCUGUGACCCUUCCCAAGGCCAUCCAGAGGCUCUCUACUCUCACAAGACCAGCACCCUUCCACGCAGCCCUUACCUGCUGACCCCCUCGAUGGACCACUACGGCACCAUGGACCCCCACCUCUAUCCUUCAGCCAACACCGGCUCCUAUCCUUCAGCCAACACCGGCUCCCUUCCACCGGAAUGCAUGAUGCCUCUCAACAACCAGCUGUCCAACAGCAGCACCUUCCCCAGGAUUCACUACAACUCCUACGACCAGUCGGACUUCUCCCCACCUGGAGACAGCAUCGGGGGGAUAAGUACAGGCACCAUGGGCACGUCCAUGUCCAUGGGCACGUCCAUGUCCAUGGGGACGUCCAUGUCCAUGGGCAUGGGAACGGGUAUGGGUAUGGGUAUGGGCAUGGGUAUGGCCGGGCUGAGUGGACGAACGCCUAUGAUUACGAGCGGCUCAGCAACUAUAUCCCAUCAUAUGACCAAGAACCAGGUACCAACCAGUCUGAUGGAGUUUGAUAAGCAGCUACCCGGAGGCCGGGACGGAUUCAGCACGUUGCAGUUUCAUCGAACGUCCGCGGGCGCUGCCGCCAAGCAGCACACAGACAGUCCUGGCCGCAUCCGUUACAUGCUGCACUCGGUGCAGAAGCUCUUUGCUAAGUCCCAGUCACUGGAGAGCCACAACAUGAAAGGCAAUGUCAACGGACGCUCAACUGGCAGCGGUGGAGGCUCGUCUGGCACCGAAGACGGAGGGAAGCAGGCUCGCAGAUCCAAAAGUAAAGAUCGGGGUACAAAAUCAGAGACGACUGCCAAGCGACGACCACGCUCUAACAUGUCGGGCUACUGGAGCUCAGACGAUUUGGACAGCAGCGAUUUGAGCAGCUACCACAACACCAUGGCCAUGAUGACUCUGGGGCGUCCAACUGGCCAUGACAGUCAGGGGGGCCAAAGCAGAUACAUCCAAAGUGGCUACAACACAAUCAGCUCCUCCAAAAGCAGCCAUGACAUGAAGUAUCAGACACUUAGUGGGCCUGGGGGCGGAGGUGGCGGAGGUGGAGGAGGUGGAGGAGGUGGUGGAGGUGGUGGAGGUGGUGGAGGUGGUGGACUAAGUGGAGCAGGAAGAAUGGUAAUGAAUGAUAAUGACUAUAUGAAAGGAGGGUCCUGGUCCGCGCUGACCAUGGGCCAGCCGAGACAGGUGAUCCAGAAGGGCUCAGCUACUCUGGAUAGGUCCAUGCUCAAGUCCAAAUCCUGCCAACCUGAACUAACCUGCAACUACCUGCAGGUUGGACGAAGGGGUGAUUGGAGUAGCACAUUAGGCCGCAGCGGGGGCGCCAACGAAAUCCCAUGUCGGCGGAUGCGCAGUGGUAGCUAUGUGAAGGCCAUGGGAGACAUGGAAGACAGCGACGAUUCGGAGGGAAGCCCCAAGCCCUCGCCAAAAUCCGCCGCUCGUCGCCAGAGCUACCUCAGGGCUACGCAGCAGUCUCUGAGCGACCAGCUACCCCCACGCAACAGAACCCUGGAUUACUCCUUGUUGCAGGGGGAGCUGGACGCCCUGUGGUCUCCACUCCACAGUGUGUCCUCUCUGCACCAGCUGGGCAGGUCAAUGAGCAGUUGUCUUCCAUCUCUCAGAGAGCUCUCCAAUAAUCGCAGCCUGGACAACCUGGACUGUAUCGAGGGUACCGUCUCGUCUUUGCCCAACUGGGAUGAUGAUGACUUCAGCCAGGCGUGCAGCACCUUGGGCAGACGUAGCUGCUUGGGACAGCUACGGGACCUGGAAAUGAGUCAUCAUUAUGAGGACCGCAGCUCCGAGUCCACAUUCAGAGAUUCCUGUUCCCACUCUCAGGACAACCCAGAGCCUCUAGACUUGCCCAUGCCAACAUGCUUCCGAUCCCGCAGCCACAGCUACCUGAGAGCCAUCCAGGCCGGCUGUUCCCAAGACGACGACACAGCAUCCAUAGACUCGGGCUGCUCACCGCCUCCCAUUGACACCACUGUUCGCACAUACAGCACCAGCACUGACGGCCUUUCUACGCAGUGGAAGACAUGGAAAGACCAGUUUGGCUCUGACCUGAGAGCCACUGGCUUGGACAAAGCCCCAAAGGAGAAACAGCUUGAACUUUUUCUUCAGCGUUUGGGGACAGACAGACAACGCAUCCUACCCACACACACAGUCUCUACAUGCAUAACCACCUGUAAGAAGGUUGCUCCUCCGCCAGUGCCGCCCCGCACAACCUCCAAGCCCUACAUCUCUGUGACGGUACAGAGCAGCACAGAGUCGGCCCAGGACAACUACCUGGACCAGCAGGACCGGAGGUCAGAGGUCAACAGCCAGUCGAGCCACGCUCACAGCAACUCCUCUGACAGCCUUGACAGCACCCGUGCCAACAGCCUGGCCCGGGGCAUUCCCCGCCCUCCGCACAUCAUCCCCACUCCCAUCGCCAUCCCGAGAGAGCCAAUCGCGCCCAUCACCUUUAAUGCUUCCACUGAGACAAGUGACUCAGUUGUCCAGCAUGAAUCACUGAAAUCAGGAUUUAACAAAGGGAAUCUAGCAGCAGAGGAGCCCUUUGUGGCACCAGUACCCAGGCGGAAACUGUCCUCCAUUGGCAUACAGGUUGACUGUAUUCAGGAAGUUCCACGAGAGGAGACCCCGCCGUUGGCCAGAUUUCAGUCAAUAGGAGUACAGGUGGAGGACGGGUGGCAGCUCAGUCGCUCCAGUAGCAUGGCCUCAAAACAAGAAACAGACUCAGACACACAGGACAUCCCUGUCAUCUCCCAUAUCAAUAACGCCAAACAUUUUGAGAAGAAAGUCAUGGUCAGUAGCGCCAGCCAAUCCACAAGCACCCCUAUCGGACAAGACUAUUUAGACAACGGUGACGCUACUGGUGACACCUCUUCACCUCCACCGCCCAGGCAGAUCCUCAAACGCUCCACCACACGAAGUAGCUCUUCCUCCUUCUCAGAAAGCCUGGACCCAGCGCUGGACCCCUCGUCUCUCCCGCCUCCAGACCCUUGGCUGGAGAGCGGGAACGGGAGCAACAGCAGUGUUCCCCAGAGCGGAGGAGGGGGAACUCUGUGUCGGAGAGACGGCCACUGGUUCCUGAAGCUGCUGCAGGCUGAGACGGGACGCAUGGAAGGGUGGUGCCAGCAGAUGGAGCAGGAGACCAAAGACAACCAGCUCUCAGAGGAAGUGCUGGGGAAGGUUCGCAGUGCAGUAGGAUGUGCCCAGCUCCUAAUGGCCCAGAAGUUCCAGCAGUUCCGGGGACUGUGUGAACAAAACUUGAAUGUGACUGCCAACCCGCGGCCCACAGCCCAGGACCUGGCAGGUUUCUGGGACCUGCUGCAGCUCUCCAUCGAGGACAUCAGCCUCAAGUUCGACGAGCUCUACCACCUCAAGUCCAAUGACUGGCAGUCCGUGCCGUCUGCGGCUGCCCAGUCGCCCCCUGAGCGGAAGGACGAGGAGAAGGAGGCCGCCCCGGCGUCAAAGAAGCCCGGUAAGGGACGACCAUCGCUGGGCCGCGAGAAGAGUGCGGACUCCUCGUCCACCUCUUCGUCGGCCUCAGCAGAGAAGCAGAGACACGAGGCUCGCAAGCGUCUUCUGGCUGCCAAAAAGGCUGCCUCGUUUCGCCAGAACUCCGCCACGGAGAGCGCGGACAGCAUCGAAAUCUACGUCCCAGAGGCCCAGACUCGCCUCUGAGAGAGACAGAGGAAAUAGGGUUGGAUCAAAAGGACAGAUAAGUGUUGCUGGAAUACCUGGGAAAAGGAGAGCAGAACUUUUGCAAUGCAAAUGAGUACAGAUGGAUGGAGGUGGAGAGGUGGAGAGAUCAGAUUGAUUGGGUUGGGCGUGGAUUUGGCCAUUUCCACACACACACACACACAUACAGUUAUAGGCUGGUCCUGGUGGCAUCAAACUCUUAUUUAACAAAGCAGAAAAUUGAACUUUUGUGGACUCGACAGACAAUGAAGCAGGAGACUCCUCAUUCGAGGCUGCCAUUGAAAACCUCAGCUGAUGAACUUUGUCAUUUUCUUGUUCCUACUCUUGAUAUCAUAAAAUUGUUAAUGAAGGUAUUGCUAUUAUGACAAUUAUAUCCUAAAGAAUCUAUAUGAAGACUGUUUUAAAUAUUCCUCUAUCUUGGCUAUAAGAUCUAUUAAGUGGACAGAAGAAGGCAAACAUUAACGCUCUUCUGUCUCCCAUUGUCCUCCUCUCUUCCCAGAUCAUUGGCCAUCUUGUAGCUUUGCACAACACCGCCUUGUGGCCAUCACACACACGCACACACACACACUGCCCACAUCCACUGCACUCACACACACACGCACACUACAAACUCACACCUAUGUAUGUCUUCCUUGUAUUUAUUUGUUUACUUUACUCAUCCUUUUGUUUUGUAUAAAAUCCAUUUAGAUCUGGUUAUUAUGAAUAUUUUUGGUAUGAUGAAACUGAAAGUCCGAUUGGAAGGGGUAUUUAUAUAGUUCCUAACUCUUGUGUGUGUCCUUCAAAAUGUUCUUGUGUCAAAGAUUUGAAUCACUGGUGGGAAUCUGUAAAGUUUAGUUUCUUAAUGGUUUUUAAUGAAAGCACAUCCCGAUAUUAAUGAUGACCAAGCAUGAGGAUCAGAAUGUCAGUGGCCACGAUUUAAUGAAUAAUAUUUUCUUUGUAGGGAAAACGUCUUCAACUCUUUUUUUUUUUUUAAUCUCUGUCCCACUAACUUUGGGUUUUUUCAUGUUUGUGCUGCAGAUAUGUGAAUAUUUCAGUCAGGAUUUUUUUGUUCCAUCUGUUUGUUUAAUGCUUCUUUAAGUGCUUUUAUUAACCUCACUUAGCAUUCAACUCAUACAUCUCAAAUUAAUCUAGGGCUUUUAUUGAAGUAACGCAGCAGGCUGAGUGUGCAGGGUAACAUUGUGUUAUUGUUUCUGGGCUUAUUUUUAUACGAUGAUUCCAUAAGCAUUUUUUGGUUUAUUUUGCCUCCCAUCACUCAAAAUCAAUCUUAGUUAUUAUUGUUUCCCCUCAAGUACCUGCACUUUUUUUUAAAUCAAAGAAAAAAUAUUUAAUUAAAGCAUUACAUACAUUA